AUUUUUAUACACUCUCUAUUAUUCCUAGUGACCCUCCUAACACCAUACUAUUCAGAGAAUAAGGAAACAAGAAUGGCAGCAACAAUGUCCACUGUUGUAGGCUUAGCUAGCUCAUCUCUUUCUGGAGUUUCUUCUCCAAAGAAGACUUGCCUCAGCUCAGGCUUCCUGAGAUCACCAGUGACAGCAAGAAACCCUUUAAGGGUAGCACAAGCUUCAGGAGGCAGAGUUACAUGUUUUCAAAGAGACUGGCUGAGGAGAGACUUGAAUGUGAUUGGAUUUGGUUUGAUUGGAUGGUUGGCUCCUUCAAGCAUUCCAGCAAUCGAUGGCAAGAGUCUAACUGGGCUUUUCUUUGAAAGCAUUGGCACUGAACUCUCUCACUUCCCCACUCCACCUGCUCUCACUUCUCAAUUCUGGCUAUGGUUGGUGUGCUGGCACUUGGGCUUGUUCAUCUGCCUGACUUUUGGACAAAUUGGUUUCAAGGGAAGGACCGAGGAUUAUUUCUCAAAGUAGAACAUUUUCUUCUGCAAAUGAUCCUGUAUAAAAGAUAAAUAAGCUACUUCAGUCUUUGGUAUUCGUGUUUUUUAAUUUCAGCAUGUUAUUAUGGGCAAGAAAUAGCUUCUCCUUU